AUGGCCGACAACCCCGAACCGAGCAGCGACUCUCAGAUCACCUUCAAGGUGAAGACCUCAUCUGAGGGUCACCAAACUAUCACCAUGAGUGAGACCGCGACUGUCCUCGAUCUCAAGACUAAGCUUGCUGGCGAGGAUUUCGAGAACAUUCCCGUCGAGCGCCAACGUCUGAUUUACUCAGGACGUGUUAUGAAGAACGACGACGCCUUGAGCACGUACAAGAUUAAGAACAACAACACGAUUCACAUGGUCAAGAGUGCCGCCAGUAACCAACAGCCUAACCAGACUCCCACCGCCAGUGCCUCCGCAGCUACUCCUGCCCCCGCCAACAUGGCGGCAGGCACCGCGAACCAGCCUUUUGCUGGCCUCACGGGUGCUAGAUAUGCUGGUUUCGGCAAUGGCCUUCCUGGACUUGACAUGUUUGGGCCCGAUGGUGGUAUGGGCGCUCCUAUGGACGAGGCACGCAUUCAGCGCCUCAUGUCCGAUCCUAAUGUUCAAUCUUCCAUGAACGAGGCCCUUAAUAACCCUGACUUUAUUAAUAUGCUUAUCGAUUCGAACCCUAUGCUACGAAACCUGCCCAACGCCCGCGAGAUUAUCACCUCGCCUGUGAUGCGACAGAUGAUGAGCAGCCCCGAGAUGAUGACACAGGCUAUGCGAAUGCAGCGACAGAUGAACGGAGGAGCGCCUGGAGCAUUCCCUGCUCCUGGUGCCACCGAUACAACACCCCAAGGAGCGGAUACCCAGGGCACCAGUGGCCAAACACAGGCAGAUCAACCUCCCCCGAACCCAUUCCUUGGACUACCAGGCUUGCUAGGCCAACAAAGCGGAGGUAACCCGCCCGAUUUUGCACAGCUCAUGCAGCAGCUUCAGGGCCUCGGCUCUCUCUACGGAGCUGGAGGCCAAGGCCAGGCUGCGACAGGACAAACAGGUUCAGCCAACACACCUAGCCAGGGCACCACGGACAGUGCAGCUGGCGCGCAAACUUCUGGAACAACACCCGGCCAAGGUGGUGAACAGCAGGGCUCAACCACUAGCCCACCUCCUGCGAACCCAUUUGCAGCCCUCUUCCCUCCUUCUGGAGGGAACCCGGAGAUGAUGCAGCAGAUGCAGCAGAUGAUGCAAAUGUUCGGUGGCGGUGGAAUGGGUGCGACCGCGAAUCCUCCGGCACCCGCCGAUAACAGGCCUCCUGAGGAGCGCUACGCCGAGCAAUUGCGCCAGCUAAACGAUAUGGGAUUCUUCGACUUUGAUCGGAACGUUGCUGCCUUGAGACGAAGUGGUGGAAGUGUGCAGGGUGCCAUUGAGCAUCUUUUGAGCGGAUAG